CGGCGCUAGAGGACACGGUCAAGAUGGCGGCGGUGUCCGGGCUGGUGCGGAGACCCCUGCGGCAGGUGGCCGGGCUGCUGAGGAGGCGCUUCCACCGCUCCGCGCCGGCGGCGCUGCAGGUGACAGUUCGUGAUGCUAUUAACCAGGGUAUGGACGAGGAACUGGAAAGGGACGAGAAGGUGUUUCUGCUUGGGGAAGAAGUUGCCCAGUAUGACGGUGCAUACAAGGUUAGUCGAGGCCUCUGGAAGAAAUACGGAGACAAGAGGAUCAUAGAUACCCCCAUAUCAGAGAUGGGCUUUGCUGGGAUUGCUGUAGGCGCAGCUAUGGCUGGGUUGCGGCCCAUUUGUGAAUUUAUGACCUUCAACUUCUCCAUGCAAGCCAUUGACCAGGUUAUAAACUCAGCUGCCAAGACUUACUACAUGUCUGCCGGCUCCCAGCCUGUGCCCAUCGUAUUCCGGGGGCCCAAUGGCGCCUCAGCAGGGGUAGCUGCCCAGCACUCCCAGUGUUUUGCUGCGUGGUAUGGGCACUGCCCAGGCUUGAAGGUGGUCAGCCCAUGGAAUUCAGAGGAUGCAAAAGGACUUAUUAAGUCAGCUAUUCGCGAUAACAACCCAGUGAUAAUGCUGGAGAAUGAGUUGAUGUAUGGAGUUGCAUUUGAACUUUCUGCAGAAGCACAGUCAAAAGAUUUUCUGAUUCCUAUUGGAAAAGCUAAAGUAGAAAGGCAAGGGACACACAUAACUGUAGUUUCCCAUUCGAGACCAGUGGGCCAUUGCUUAGAAGCUGCAACUGUUCUUUCCAAAGAGGGCAUUGAAUGUGAGGUGAUAAAUAUGCGUACCAUCAGACCAAUGGACAUUGAAGCCAUAGAAAACAGUGUCAUGAAGACAAACCAUCUUGUAACUGUGGAAGGAGGCUGGCCACAGUUCGGAGUAGGAGCUGAAAUUUGUGCCAGGAUAAUGGAAGGCCCUGCAUUCAACUUCCUGGAUGCUCCUGCUGUUCGUGUCACUGGUGCAGACGUCCCCAUGCCUUAUGCUAAGGUCCUAGAAGACAACUCAGUCCCUCAGGUCAAGGACAUCAUCUUUGCAAUAAAGAAGACAUUAAAUAUGUAAUUCCAAUUUGAAUAUUAUCAAGUCAUUGUAAUUUAUUUAAAAUACUUGCUGGGACUUCACCUGAAUUGCACUGCAAGGCCUUACAAUUCAUAAAGUGAGCUCUGUGACAACUGGUGUUUUGUCCUGGUGGGAAGGUUAAAUGUUGGAGUGGGAAAUGCCUGCCACUCCCUGCCCCAGACUCCAUGCUUUUGUCUGUUACAGUUACCCUAUUCUUUGAAUAAGAUUAACGUAAAGAUGUACUCUCAUUAGAGGGACAAAAUAAAAAUGUGGCAGAAUCCUGAUGGAAGACAUAUCCAGAAAAGAUAACUUAUAUGUGUAAAAAUGCAUAUAAUUUACAUUUGCUGUUAGAUUGUUUUGCUAAGGAAUAAAAAUUCCUAAUGAUGA